AUGAAUUUUGCCUGCGUCACCUGCCUCCAGACAUGGCCUUCAUGUAGGUCUCGCGAUCAGCAUGUGGCUGCCAAGUCCCACCUGGCUCCUGAAUUUGAAUGCGACACUUGCGACCGUUAUUGCAACAACCAACGAGCCAUCGAACAGCACAUGGCUGCGCUGAACCACUGGGCGGAUUCAUCUUCUGACGAACCCGAGUACUACUGCGACUACGACUCUUGCUCUGAGGUGUUAGAUGACGAAGAUGCACUUAGGGAGCAUGAAGUGAAUGAACACUUUUACUGCGAUCCAUGCGACCGAACAUUUCAAGACGUGAACAGCAUCAAGAUGGAGGGAGCAUGCGAAAAAGCACCAUUGACUCGGCUUGGAGUUCUUCAAGCGGCCAAACAGCGUGAUCCAAAUGGUGUGCUCACGAAACGACUGCAAGAGUGGGCUGUGGAGGUCACUCUGGAGGCCACUGUGGAAUCUUGGGAUCCCGUCACCAAGACUUUCAAUUGCUCACUGUGCAGCGGUCGCUUUGCAAGCCGCGAGUCGUUAAAUCAACUCCUCAAAUCGCCAAAACACCAGCAGAGCCCCUACCACUGUCCGAAACACGGCUGUCCCAGGGAGUUCAGCACAUUAGCAGCCGUCACUGAGCAUUUGCAGAGUGAAAGCUGCGAUUUCAUGGCAUUCGAGGCUGUCCAGGAGAUUGCGGCACGAAUCUUUGAUCCUGGACGCAUGAUCACCCUUUAG